AUGGAGGAUGAGGAAAGACCAAGAAAAUACCCAAAAUUGAGCAAUGACGAGGGCCAGGAGGAUUCGGAGCCUACAAUGACUGGAGCUGUGGGAUCCAUUCCCCACGAGGAUGCCGCGCAGCCCACUACGCAGAACGAUGUCGCAAAAAGAGCGCAUGAUGCCAAUGAUAGGUCAAAGGACGGGCAGCAAGCCGUGGAUGAAAAUAAAGAUGAUGCGCCCAAAAUAUCGAAGAGACAAUUGAAGAAACUCCGACGCAGAGAACAGUGGGAUGCGCAGAAGGACCAGCGCAAGGCCAUCCGAAAAGAAAAAACGGCCGCAAAGAAACAACGAAGACGCGAGGCAUUGAACGAAGCAAGACAGGAAGGUGGUCAAGAAGCAGUAGACCAGCUUCUCCAGACAUGGCUGCCAAAUCGGCAGAAGUUCAAGCAAUCGACUUUACUGCCGAUCACCCUCGUCGUUGACUGUGGCUACGAUGACUUGAUGCUUGAAAAGGAACGGAUUUCCCUUUCAUCACAGCUUACACGCUCUUACUCCGAUAAUAGGGGGGCGCCCUACCGUGCUCAUAUGGUGGUCUCCUCUUUCAAUAAAUUGCUCAAGGAGCGUUUCGACACAACGCUAGCAAAGUCAUAUAAUAAUUGGCAGGGAAUCCGUUUUAUGGAAGAGGAUUUCGCACAUGCUGCAGAACAGGCCAAGGAAUGGAUGAAGGGCCCUAAGGGAGGUCAGUUGGCAGGCAUGUUUGCUAACAAGACGGACGCAGCCCCUGAAGACGGAGAAAUUGUGUACCUCAGCAGCGACAGCCCAAACACGCUGACAGAAUUAAAGCCAUACAGUACAUACAUCAUAGGUGGACUGGUGGACAAGAACCGCCAUAAAGCAAUUUGCUACAAAACGGCAGUGGAAAAGGGAAUCAAGACCGCUAAAUUGCCUAUUGGGGAUUACAUUCAAAUGGCCUCGCGCCAAGUAUUGGCGACCAACCACGUUAUGGAGAUCAUGGUCCGAUGGUUGGAACUUGGAGAUUGGGGUGAAGCUUUCAUGAAAGUUAUUCCUCAGAGAAAGGGUGGUACACUGAAGAACUCCGGGCGAGGCUCUGAAGAUCCAUCACAGGAAGGCGAUGUUGCCGAUGAACUCGCCGCCAUGUUUAUGAUCCGCAAUGUGAGCAAGUUCCUCUUCGGGGAUACAUCCAAGGAGUCUAUCAUCGAGAUCCCUCAGGGCGAACUUUAUCUAGUCCGGCCUCUGUCACCCAAAGGGUACUCGGAGCUUAUCUUCAAGGACGCGGCCGCGUCGAUUCGGCGUACCGGACAGGAGUAUCAAUAUCAACUCGUUAUUCAGAGAGCCUACGAGGAGGGUGAAGAAGAACUAAGCGCCGACGAAGACGAACAAGGUGGUGCCGAUAACCUCGACAAGGACGAGAAGAUCUUUCUUCUUGACGAAGCUUUGCACUUCCGUACUGAAGUCCGUGAAGGGGGUGCUAAGGUUCUGGCCUGGAGAGACCUGAGCGGUGAUAUCGGCGAUCUAUACGAAUUCGUUUGUGACCCGUCUGUGCCGUCGGAUAAAAUCCCUACUUUUGAAUUGGCUGCCUUCCAGUGCCAGUACGAGCGGAAAUAUCGACAAAGUUCACAAAAGGCAACCGAGCAGGAUCUUCAACAGUUCUCGUAUCAAGAGGAGAAGCCCAUCCCCUCCGCGAGCCCCAUCGCAUCACCAACCAAGUCUCGUGCUCACUCGCUUACUUCUGGGGAUUCGACCGCUGCGAUGGCUAAGGAUGUUGAAUAUCAGAAGUCCAAGGGACAGAUCAAGCCAGCUGAUAACGGAGAGGAGCCCACUGUAGCACCGCCAUCGGCAGAGCAACCCGAAGCUAAGGAAGUUCUUGCCAAGGAAAAGGCUGAACUGCAUAUGUUUGACUUCCCAAGUGGAACGUUCGUUAUUCAAGACGCCGAUGUGACUGCCACUGUGUCUGAGAUCGGUAACUGGAAGUAUUGGCUUCAAAUCAGUGGUAGUGAGAAGGAAUGGCUAGGACAGGCUGUUGUCGCGGAUAUCAACCCAGUCUUUAACUUUGAAUAUCUUUCCUUUAUAUUUAACCACUACGCUGAGGAUGGCUCCGCAUACUCUUGGCUCCUACGAUUCAAGGACCAAGAAACUGAGGAACGCUUCCAGGAGGGUCUGAUGCAGGCGCUUUGGGAACAGCUAAACGAGAUGAAAUGGGUCAAGGUAAAAGAGGAUGACCGGGAGUACGUUUUGGAUGCGUUCCAAGACCUUACCAUGGAGGACGCAGCCGACAACCAGGAAGAGGAGGAAGAGGAGGAAGAGAUUGAAGAAGACCAGUAUGACGGUCAACGCAGCGAACAUUAUGACAGUGAUGAAGAGGAGGAUGAUGUGGUUACACACGACGAUGACGGUAACGUCAACUCACAACUUGCGGUCGGUUACAAGCAUGAUAGGUCGUUUGUAGUCCGUGGUUCUAAGAUCGGUGUCUUCAAACACACGGCAGACAACAACCUCGAGUUCUCUACCAAUAUCUCUAAGGUGGAGACACCAAACGGCAAGCUGUUUAGCCCCAAGAAGGUUAUGUUGCAUGCCGAGGAUUCCAACAUGAUCCUUCAAAAUGGUGAUGACCCUAACUCUCUUUAUCGCAUGGACCUGGAGUAUGGUAAGAUUGUCGAUGAGUGGAAGGUUCAUGAUGAUAUUCCUGUCAGCACAUUUGCACCCGAAACCAAAUUCUCCCAAAUGACCAAUGCGCAAACCUUCGUCGGAGCAUCUCAGAAUGCGCUGUACCGGAUUGAUCCCCGUCUGGCCGGCAGCAAACUUGUCGAUGCGGAUUUGAAGCAGUAUGCUAGCAAGAAUGACUUCUCGUCCGUGGCCACGACUGAAAAGGGAUACAUCGCGGUCGCUUCGAACAAGGGAGAUAUUCGCAUGUUCGACCGCCUGGGAAUCAACGCCAAGACUCAUAUUCCUGCACUGGGUGAACCUAUAAUUGGUCUAGAUGUGUCCGCCGAUGGCCGCUGGGUUCUGGCUACAUGCCGUACCUACCUUCUUCUCAUUGACUCGCUGCAGAAGGAAGGCAAGAACGAAGGCAAGCUUGGCUUUGAGCGUUCAUUCGGCAAAGACUCUAAACCUCAACCUCGUCGUCUUGGUCUCCAGCCAGCCCAUGUCGCACAGUUCCAGCACGAAACCAAGAAGCCUCUUGCGUUCACCCCAGCUCGUUUCAAUACUGGUGUUGACUCACAAGAGACGUCGAUUAUUACGGCAACAGGUCCUUUCAUCGUCACAUGGAGCAUGAAGAAGGUGCUUGCUGGACGCAAGGAUCCCUAUACAAUCAAGCGGUACUCUGAAGAGGUUAUGGCGGACAACUUCCGAUUUGGUUCUGACAAAAAUGUCAUUGUCGCUUUGCCGAACGAGGUCAACAUGGUUGCCAAGAGAGCUCUCCAAAAGCCCACUCGUGAAAGCAUUGCAGGCCCCCCGGUCACCCCAAGCCGUCGGAGCACUCGGUGGGGUAGCCGGUUGGGACGAGAUGAUAUUGUCAACUCGCCAUAUUAAACGUCCUGACCUGUUCUCUAGUCAAGUGACUUUUGACUUAUUUCAUUGCCUCGGUUUCUCUUUUCUUGUACACUGCAUACCCCCUU